AUGCAACGCGCUCAGGAUCCGAGCAAGGUGCAUUUCUAUUCCAGCAGUGCGGGUAAUGCUGGGUUGGGGUGUGUUUUUAGUGCGAAGUUUGUGGGGAGGCCGAGUACGGUAUGAUAUGUCCUUCUUUUCCCCCUCUGAUCUGUAUCAAUUGGGGGUCUCAGAGUUUGACUUCUCGCGUUAGGUCGUCGUGCCCAUGACGACGAAACCCUACAUGAUCGCCAAGAUCCAAGCCGCCGGCGCCACGGAGGUGGUGCAACAUGGGGAGUCUCUGAAAGACGCCGACGCGUACCUCAAGUCUGUCGUCAUGCCUCGAGCAGAAGCUCGCGGCGAGGAACCCGUCUACGUCUCGCCCUUCGACCACCCGGAUACGUGGGAGGGGCAUUCCACCAUGGUCGACGAGAUGCGCGAGCAGUUCGAAGACAUGGACGAGGACGCGCCCGAUCUCAUCGUCUGCAGCUGCGGCGGGGGCGGUCUCUUCAAUGGUCUCUUGCAAGGCGUCGAAGCUCAAGGCUGCGAGUGGGAGAAGACGAAAUUCCUCUUGACCGAGACUGCCGGCGCAGAUUCGCUCGCGAGGUCCUUGGCGCAGCAGCAGAACACGACCAUGUCCAAGAUCACCUCCAUCGCCACGUCGCUCGGCUGUGCCCGCGUGAGCGAGCGAACGUUCGAACUCGCCACGCAAGGCAUCCGCACCGGCAAGGUGAGGAAUGUCGUCCUCAGCGACGCCGAGGCGAUGAUGGGCUGCUGGCGCUUCGCGGAAGACGAGCGCAUCCUCGUCGAGCCCGCCUGCGGCGUCAAUCUCGCGUUGUGCUACUCUCGUCGCCUCGAAGAGGCACUGGGAAGACGGGUGCGGCCCGACGAGAAGGUGGUCAUGAUCGUCUGCGGCGGCUCCAACGUCUCCACCAGUAUGAUUGAGCAGUGGAAGCAGGAGUCUGGGCACUUGGACGACGAUGUGGCCGAAUGUCAUUGA